GAAAAGAAAGAAGAAGAAGACAUCAAUAAUUAUGAACAUGUAGAUCUACCAUCGGAAGAGGGAGACAUGCUGGAGCAACAGAUUAAGGGGUCAGAAAUGGCGACCCUUACCCGAUGAUCCAUUACCGAAAACUGCCCAGAAAAUCUCAUUUUGCAAGAAGAAGUUCUACAUCAGGAGUCAACCAUGGCGAGCAAGCGUCGACUCCAGAUGACACCGUCUCGCUCAGACCAGGACCCAGAUUAUGAGGUCAUCUCCACGCCGACCGCAGCCAAGCGACAGCGAGUGCAGGAGGAAGAUGCUAAGGACCAGACAGUCCGUCGAAUGCAGGUCGUCAUCAAGAAACAAUUUAACCUUGCUCUCUUAGACAAAGAAAAGGAGAUCGAAGUCGUUGAUGAGAGACUCCAGAAGGCUCGCAUCCAGCUUGACAAGCUGAGAGCGUGCAUUGUGGCAAGGUAUUUUGGGAAGGCCGGACUUUCAUCCACAUCAGGAGAGAAGAGUAAGCAGAAGUUGGACCUGAGCCACCCUGCCAUCCAGCGGGCCCUGGGCCAGCCCUCCCAGUCCCCGAGUCCCCCUCCCACCUUGCAACUCGGGGAGGGGGACAUCAGCCUAUCCCGGCCCUCCAGCCGAGGGGAUGGGGCACCCCCUUUUCCCCCUCCCAUGGAGAGUGGCCGGUCCACCCCCAUCGGAGAGCUCCUGAGUCGGAGUGAAGCUUUUCUGGACUCAGGGAGAAGUAGUCCGCUUCUUGGUCCCAAGGGCCCUAGGAAUUCAGGAGAGGAUACAUUUGGAGUUGGCCCACCCCUGGACAACUUGAAACCUCCAGUGAACCAGGCGGACGCAGGUGAAGGGUCACGGCUCCACGUCAAGAAGCGCAUCAUUGUGGGGAACGUGUCAAAGUACAUACCCCGCCAUCGUGAGGACAGUGAUCCCUCCACACACAAGUGGAUGGUCUACGUCCGGGGCCCGCCGGAAGAACCCCGGAUACACCACUUUGUGGAGAAGGUCUGGUUCUUUCUCCAUCCCAGCUACAGGCCCAAUGACCUCCUGGAAGUGAAAGAGCCCCCAUUUCAUCUGACCAGGAGAGGCUGGGGAGAAUUCCCCAUCCGAGUCCAGCUUCACUUCAGGGACCCCCGCAAUAAGAAGGUUGACAUUAUACACCAACUCAAGCUGGACAGGACAUAUACUGGAUUACAGACGCUUGGUGCAGAAACGAUUGUUGAUGUUGAGCUAGACCGUUACCUCUUCAAUGAAUCCGGCGACCCCUUGUCCCGACCUUCGACCCCAACCGUCACCAAGGUCAACUACAAGGAGGGGCUGAAGCCUGACCUCUCUCGCGUUCCGACUCCGCUUCGUAACUCACUGGCCCUCGCCAACGACGACGCCCGAAGGCAGAGCCUAACAAGCCCCAGUCCGCUACUUCUAGAGACGCUGGGGAAAACCCCCGAAUCCACGCCGGAUCGUUCGCGGCCUCCUUCAAGGAGUUCCAGCCUAUCCAGCCCGCUUGUCAAGUCAUUGCCGGGAGAUGGCAGCAACAGAGCCACGCCCAUCUCCAUAGACUCCAACUACGACAGACCGCGAGAGGAAAAUUCUGAUAUAACAUCCACAUCAGCGUUGUCAUUAGGAAAGCUCUCAUCAAGGGUCAAAGCCCAGUCAGGACCUGCCCUGCUUCAUACGGCAAAGCCAAUACGAGCCAUGCCUCCACUGGGUCCCAUCUCCACCAACGUCAACAAGAGUCUUGUCCUGGAGGCAAUCAAGACGACCCAAGUCAGUCCUACUGGCACUGAUUCCGUUGUCUUCACACCUUCCUCCUUGAUAUCAGGCAAGGGAGCGAACAAUCAGGUCGGGAAGGACGCGCAAGUUUCUCCUACGCAUACAGGGGCUAUCAAUGUCGGGGAUGUUGCCAUAUCAUCACCGGGAAGUAAACUGAUACGGAUCCAGGAUGGCCAGAUUGUCCAGGAGGUACAACCCUCAAGGACGGUGUCUCCUCCACAGGGAAAGAUGGAGAACAGGACAGUGGUGACUCUGAAUCAGACAGUCCUGGGAGCCAAAACCAACGGGAAAGUCACCACGCAAGCUGCCAAACAGGCAGUCUCUGGAACCCCCACAGUGUCCCUCCAAAGAAUUCCAGUCCCAAGCUUUGCAGGACGCUCCCAGACCCUGGUCAGCUCGUCCAACCCGUCAAUGCAGAGCACGGUCAGCAUAUCGCAGCUGGCAAAACAACCUGUCGGGGCGUCGCAAUUGGUUCGGAAGGGUUCGACUGGUGUCACGUUGGUCCAGCAGUCUCCUUCUGUCAGGGGUCCGCAACAACCGCAGCAGCAGCAGCCAGGCGUCGUGCCAGUCAUGUCCAAUCCUCCGGCCGGGACGCAGUAUUACAUAACGGCCAAGUCAACGGACAAGAACCUCCAGGGAAAGGUGAUCUUGAUCCCUCAGCAGGUCUUCGCUGGCCAAUCAGGGAAAGGAGGCCGAGGAUCCAACCCAGGACAGGCAUCUAAGCAAGGUUCAGGCUCCUUUCUAUCACCCAGCAAUGUUCUCAUACUUCCCCAAGGCUCCAUAGUUCCGCCCCUUCCUCCAGGCAGCAUCGUUCAAAUCCAGCCCGUCCCCAAUCCCUCCUCCCGCCCCUCCUCCGCCCCGCAGACUAACACUGCCGGCCAGCCGAUGACACGGAUCGCCGUCACCCAGAAAUCGGGCGCAUCGACGAUCAUUUCUCCCAAACCUGCCACACAGCGAGUGGCCUCUGGAGGAGGUGUCAUCCAGAUACAGCGGUCAGCUGGCCAGACGUUGGCCAAGCUUGUUCCUGCAGCUCUUGGGGGAGCCUCCACAAGCCAACAGGCUCUGACGUCUUCCAGCAUCUCACUCAUCCCCGAAAUGAAGGGCCAGCUUGCCAGAACCCCUGCUGGUGGCGUUGUCCUGGUGCAACGCACACCUUCCGCUCCGAAGAGCACCAAUGUCCAAACGAUCUCAGGUAUUCAGAACGUGGUGUCAGGUCAGGUGGCGCCCGUCUCACAGAAGGUUGCUCUCAAUCCGAUUCCGAUGACUGCUUUGUCGCAACAGAAGGCUUCUUUGCCUAUCAAGGGUGGUGCGUCAGUGCUUCUGUCGCAAGCUUCAAAAGCAGUGUCUUCAAAGACAGUUGUACUCCAAUCGCAGUCAGCGUCAUUGCUGACAAACUCUAAUAAAACAAUACAAGUCCGAACAGGACAGCCCACUGUCAAAACAAUUACCAAAUUCGUACCUCCUCUUGAUGAUGUCAAAGACCACUUCUCAAAAGUUACAGACAAAAACAAUGCAAGCAGCACGGCAAGUGUGGUGGAGGUUGCAGAGAAUGUGUUAGUGAAGGAUGAGGCUACAGGUGGUGCCUCGAUUUUGAAUACCAACACCAGUUCAGAUGGUAAUAGACUGUCAAAUAUUUCCUUGGAUUCUGUUCGUGUCAAAAGAGCAGAUCUUAUUGAUGCUGCCAAAGUGAUUGGUAAAGACAGAACUGCAGGAGCUACCUCAAGUAAAUCUGUGUUGUCACCCGAGGGGGAAGUGCAAAAUCUUGAAUCUAUGCAAGUUAGUGUCUCUGAAAUAUGCAGCGAUGUUGAAGUUGCGGAAGUCUCCAAUGACGCCCUAGUUCAAUCGGAUGGGAAUGGUGUUACUCCAAGUACAAUAGUAAUCAAGGAGGAACCAAACAUUGAUGUUGAAAUUGAAGAAGCCAUGGAAGUAGAAGUGGGUUCAGACCAAGCCACAGGCAACAUGAACGGCCACUGUGACAAAACCAAAAGUAGCUUUGCGAAGCAGCAGAAUCCACGGGUCAUCACCAGAACUAACAUCGUCAGUGAGGAAGUCAAAAAGACCAACAGAGCUGUCGUUUGUGACAUUGCCCAGAGAAACAAACUAUCCACUACCGCUCCGAAAACAAGCGUCUCCGGCAAGUGCAUGAUCAAGGUGGUUAACACCAGAAUGCAGAAGCCUUCGUGCCUUGCCUUUGACACAUCGAAGGUUGGGGGGAGCAAAGUGCAUGUGAUUCGGAUCAAGCAGGAGCCCGGGACAGAUCCAGUCCUGGCUGCUCUUGCAACGGCACCUAUCUUGACUCUAGGCAAGGGUGCGGUGGUCGUCCGGAAGGAGGAGGAGGAGGAGGACGGGGACGACGUCGAGGGGUGGGAGAGCAAGGACUUGCGGAUCUGGAAGAGGCUUCUUGGGGAACACUUUGAAGAGCAGACCAACCUGUACGGAGUGACGUCCAUUGAGCAGCUGGUCAAGUACGUGGCAGAACAAGCACCGCUCAUAGAUCCGACAAGAGUUCAAAACGAGUUGCCAUUCUGCGCCACCUCCCUGGAGCACUACCACUCCUGGACGCUGGCCAAGCGCCGCUCGAUGGAGUGGCAGAGGGUGGUGUUCAUGAGGGACAAGCUGACACGCCUCAAGGCCCGGGUCCAGUGCCUGCGCAAGGUGCCCAUGUGGAGCAAGAAGAGGAUCGUCAUCUGGUGCCGGCGUCAUGGAUUCACCCCUCCUGAACCAGGAUUGAAGAGCUCAACCCAGAGGUCAAGAUGCAGGUUCUGUGGCGAGGUCAACUGUCAAAGAAGUGAGAAGACGGACGAAAGGAGUGCAGGAACUACAGGGUGUCUGAGAAACCAUCUCAGUAAAACAGGUGUGCUAAAGAACACGACCUUCAGCGUCCCGGAGGAGCUGGGUGAACGCUUGAAGAGCUGCCAGUCCCUCAGGCGAGGCAUGAGCGAGGACGAUGAUAUGGAGAUCGAUAUCAUCAGCUUGGGUGACCCCUCCAAGAGGUUGAAGGUGAAGACGGAGGGUGCGGAGGAGAAACAGCAGCUGAAGUGCUUCAUGCCACCAAGCGAGGGCGCUCUUUGUGUGAGAGAGGCUGCAGAGAAGAUUGGUGUUCACUUUAGACCGAUACAAGUCGGGGAAGAUACUUAUUCUCCGGUCAUCCAAGAAAUGAUAUAUACUGCAACCAGACAAUUCCUCAGUGAUCUCGUCAGAGCGUCUCUAUCUAAGAGCUUUGGAGAGAGGGAAGAUCACAGACUUCCUGAGGAGAUUCUACCCCUUCACGUUCAUCAGGCCGUCUCCAGCAUGCCGUCAUGUGACUUCCUUACAAACAGUCACCUUGGUGUGAUCGCCAGCAGCUCAGAUAGUAAGAAAGAGUCCUAG